GGGAUCUCAGCCCCCCCCCCCCCCUGCUCUAACCACCAGCGCCUGCUCCCCUCCCAGAACCGGGGAGAGACCCCAGGAGUCUUGCUUGUUCUUGUGCCCUCUACGCCACACCCUUAUUGCCCCCGACAAACCCUCCUUGCCUUCACUGACUGUGUCAGAGCGAGAACAGAACAGGGGACGCGACCCAGUGUCCCUUUCCCCUCCUGCGUUAGCGGAUGCCUGCAUCUCGUCCUCCGGCCUCCCCCCCGGGUGGCUGCGUGGAGGCCAGGAGAUCUGGGGCGAGGCACCUGCUAAGGAAGGGGAAGAAACGCACAGGAAGUCAGACCUCCCAUGGCCAGCAAGGAGAGAGGAUUUCAGUGUGAAAGAGCACAGCAAAACUGCCCUUCCCCUGUGUCCGUGGAGAUCUCCAUCCGAAACACGGGAGGAUCUGUGCAGCGCAGGAAGCGUGAGGGAUUCCUGCAGCCCGAGUUCCGCACCUUUGCCGUUGAUCCCCAGAUCACCUCGCUGGAUGUCCUCCAGCACAUCCUCAUCCGCGCCUUCGACCUCAAUGGGAAGAAGAACUUUGGGAUCAGCUAUCUGGGCCAGGAGAAGCAGGGCCAGGAGACGUACCUGUCGCUGCUGUCGGACUGGGACCUGGCCACGGCCUUCGCCAGCGCCUCCAAGCCCUACCUGCAGCUCCUCCUAGACAUCAAGCCUUCGGAAGACAGCCCCCUGCUGGAGGACUGGGACAUCAUCAGCCCCAAAGAUGUGAUCAGCACUGAUCUGCUCCUGGUGGAGAAGCGGUCCCUGGCGGCGGCCGCCCUGCCUUUCACCCAGACCAUCAUCUCCCAGGUGGGCAGGACGCUGUCGAAGGUCCAGCAGGCUCUGAGCUGGUCUUAUGGGGAGGACGUGAAGCCGUUCAAACCGCCGCUGAGUGACUCUGAGUUCCACACCUACCUGAACCAUGAGGGGCAGCUGAAUCGGCCCGAGGAGCUGCGGCUGCGCAUCUACCAUGGCGGCGUGGAGCCCUCGCUGCGCAAAGUGGUGUGGCGCUACCUGCUGAACGUCUACCCGGACGGGCUGACGGGCCAGGAGCGCAUGAACUACAUGAAGCGCAAGACGCGGGAGUACGACCAGCUAAAGGGCCAGUGGGUGGAGCGGGCCAGCCCCGAAGACCUGGACUUCAUCCGCAGCAACGUCCUCAAAGACGUUCUCCGCACGGACCGCACCCACCCCUACUACGCCGGCUCGGAGGACAACCCGCACCUGACUGCCCUUCACGACCUGCUGACCACCUACGCCGUCACCCACCCGCAGAUCUCCUACUGCCAGGGCAUGAGCGACAUCGCCUCGCCCAUCCUGGCCGUCAUGGACAACGAGGCACACGCCUUCAUCUGCUUCUGCGGCAUCAUGAAGCGCCUGGAAGGCAACUUCCAGGUGGACGGCGAGGUGAUGUCCCUCAAGUUCUCUCACCUCAAGCUCCUACUCCAGUACUCGGAUCCUGAGUUCUACGCCUACCUCCUCUCCCGAGGUGCUGACGACUUCUUCUUCUGCUACCGCUGGCUGCUGCUGGAGCUGAAACGGGAGUUUGCCUUUGAGGACGCCUUGCGGAUGCUGGAGAUAACCUGGAGCUCCUUGCCACCAGAUCCUCCAGAGAAGGAGGUGGAGCUGGUGGGGCCACCGGCCAGGCUCAGUGAGAGCGGCCAGCCUGUCCGCCAGCGCCACAUGCUGCGGCCCACCUGUAGCUUCGAAGCGACUGGGGACCAGCCUUGCUUGGAGGAGUCCGGAGCCCGGCUCUCCUUGGAGGAUCCCGGAGAUCGGCCUUGUUUGGAGCAGAAGACCUUAUUGAAGCAAUCCAGCUUUGGAGAAUUCAUGUACUACAGCGCUCGUGAUGACAGCUCCGAGGAAGAGCCUUCGCUGAGAUCCCAGCGCUCUAUGGAGGAAGAGGAGGACUUCUGCAGCGAGCAGGACCCCUUGCUCCAGCUCCCGGCCAUGACCAAGUCUUUCUCCGCCCCGUCUCUCCGGCUCCUGACCCCGCCUACGCCCUCCGGAGACUCCCCCUCCUCCCGCUCCCCCCUCCCCGGCAGCGAGAACAGCGAGAGCCUGCCAGAGGAAAAGGGAGAUUUGGCAGGUGACACGCCAUCCUCCUCACCCAGCAGCCCCCUCCCCGCCGCCCUGUCCCCAGCCACGGUGAGCUUACCUCCACCACAGGAGUUUGGCAAAGGCAACCCCUUUAUGCUCUUCCUCUGCCUGGCCAUCCUUCUGGAGCAUCGGGACCACAUCAUGAAGAACAACAUGGACUACAACGAGCUGGCCAUGCACUUCGACCGCCUGGUGCGCCGGCACAAUCUGGCCAAGGUGCUGCACCGGGCCAAAGCCCUCUUCGCUGACUACCUGCAGUCCGAAGUCUGGGACUCAGAGGAGGGGGACGAGGCAGCCGCAGAGUCCCCAGCUGUCUCGUGACACCCCGCCCCCCCCACUCUCCCACCACUCCCCGUUCUGGUGGCCUCCUUGAGACUCAUCACAGGUCAGCCAGGAGGGACUCCUUGCUCUGGAUCCUCUCUCUUCCCCCUGGAUCUAAUGGUCUCCUUGGAAGAUCCUUUGUGGACCAACCAGGAUCUCUCCCCCCAUGGGAUCCCCUCCCUCCAUGCCCCUGCAGAUCUAAUGAUCUCCCUGGAACAUUCUUCAUGAACCAACCAGGAUCUGCCCUUUCCAUUGGCAUCCUCUCUAAUUUCAACUAUCUCCUUGGAAGAUCCAUCAGAGACCAACUAGAAUAUCUCCCUCCCUGGUAGAUCCCCUUCAAACACCCCCUGGAUUUAAUGUUCUCCUUGGAAGAUCCUUCAUGGACCUAACAGGAUCUGGCCUUCCCAGUGGGUUCCCCUCUGACCAUCCCCUUCUGACUCCAGUGAUCCUUUUGGAAGAUCCAUCCCCUUGGAAGAUCCUUCAGAGACCCAACCAGGAUCGGCCACUUGGACUCCGGUGCCUUUUUCUUUUAUGUGCAUUAGCGGAUCCGGUUUUUAGUUUCUCUGCCUGCUGCGGCUGCAGCCUCUGACAGCGUCGCUGCCCAAAGCUGGGGAGCACUCCCAGCUCCCGGCCCCAGAUAUUCAGAUGCUACGUGGAGUGUUAAGACUCUUGACUGCUGGGAUGUACGUGCACUUUUCUGUUCCACUUUUCACUGGCCCAUAACUUGCCCGGUUCCCUUUUAAACCAAGUUGCCCCAUCGUGGUAUAUUUCCUCCUCCCAUGAAGAGAUCAAGUGGAAUUUAUUCAUCGCUUUGAAGGAAGACCAGACCUCAGCUCCCAUGAUGCAAAAGGGCAGGAAUCCGGGAUGCUAGGGGAUCAAACAACGUGUGAUCUCUACUGGCUUGCCACUUUCGUUCAGUAGCCGUUUUCCUGGGCAAACGGACCCCAGUGGCUCCCCCAAUUUGCUCAGAUGUAAAACUAACCAGAGCUCUUCGAUCAGCCGAAUCUUUCUGUUCCUGGUUUUAACGAGAGAUCAGCUGUUGAUAGAAGCAAGACCUGCCCUCAUGUGGCUUGACUUCUGGGGCAGGAGCCGUAUCAGUGAGGAGAGGGGCGAGGUGGAGGUAUCGCAAACAAAACCAUUUCCGUUGAUCGCACCUCAUCGCGCUGUGUUAGAGUUGGCUCUGGCGUGUGAUCUGCUGAUGGCCUGUCCAGAAGCAGGUUCCGAUCUCGGCUGGGCCAGCAUCAGUCUGGAGCUUCUCUGGACGCUGCCGAGAUCGGAGCCUCGCUCGUUUCUAUGACACAGGCUCGGAAGCGGUGCCUGGCCUGCAUCAGCCGCGCCAAUCUGGGAAUUUCUGCAGACGAAGACAUCUUCCGAACAUCCUCUUUUUCCCUUCGUGUCCACCUGCAGUUGAGCAGGGCUUGAUCAGCUGGGAUCUACCCCUGAUGCCUUUUUGUUUCAGUAGCAUCCGUCUGCAUUGGCCUUAUCUUAGCUCAGAGACCCACCUCCUACAUCAGCAUCUGUGUUGGAUUGCCUGGCUCAAGACAGCUACGGAUAUUUCCCCUCUCCGGAUAUCUGCCCCUCCUAUUGUCCCAGAUCUGGGCUCUUUGUACGAAGUCUGAUAUGAAUCCCUUAAUGCAGCCACGUGGGGUUUAGAGUCUCUAAGGCAGACGAAGCAGAGAGCUGGCUGUGCCAUAGCAGAGAAGGGGAUUUUCUCUAGGUCCUAUUGGAAAAACAAACAACAACAAGGGGAAACGUGCCUGCUCCAGUUCCUGUAAGGGAGCAGCCUGGCCACUAGAGGGCACUGAUAACUCACCAGAAAUCAACCUACCUCUGGGCUUUGCAGAUCUGAGUUCUCUAUCCCAGGGCAGCCCUGGGUUGUGAGGUCCGCCAGGAUCUAAGUAGGGAUGGGGAGAGAAACCGGACGUCCCCGUGGUGUCAGUUCAGGGGGAAUCUUUCUGGUAAUCUGGUGGAUCGCCAGAGAGUUGGUACGUAGCCCUGUUACCGGAGGGACCGGCAGGCAGAGCUCGGAUUGGCAGGCAUCUCGGGGGGGGGGAGUGUAUCCGGCGUGUGGGAAGUCCCGAGGGUUUGACCUGCCCAGAGCCUGCACUGGUGGGGCCCCUGUCGCCCACCCAGAGCUCCUACGCACCUGCCCCCCCCCGCCUCCCCAAACUUGCCAUGUCUGGGGAGAGAAAUUGAUUACGACUUGGUGUUGUAACUGACCAUCGGUGGCAGUAGGUGAUGCUUCUCUCAGCUGACGUGCAGGGGGCUGUCGGCCGUGGGGCGGAGGCAGAGGGGACUGGCCCCUCCCACCAGAUUAGCUUCCCCCUUAAUUACAACUCACAGCUAGUCAACUGUAGCAGCCCUGCCUUGGUCAGUGUCACACCCCUUGCCUGGCCCAGCUGUAACUGACUAGCCACAGGAGCAGUCUUGCGACCCUGGGCUCGCCAGCGUCCCAUUAGGUGCGACUGGCCACGAGCCCGAUCGAGACGUCAGUGGCCCCUGCUAAAGGCCAUUCAAUUCUCGGCCGCUUGUCUCCUUGCGAGCAAGCCUGACUGGCUUGACUCCCUGGCGCUCUCCAUUUAUUGUGCUCGAGGGGAUUUUUCACAUUUGACCCACGUCGGUAUCUUCUCGCCUUUGGCUACCUCCGAAAAGCAGUGGCUUUAAAACACCAUGUUCUUCCUUGUUCCGCGGACCCUUCCCUCGUCCCGGCAGGGAGUUGGACACAGUUACAGGGAAGGGAGCCACUUGGGCUCUACCCUGGAUCGCGCAUAGGCCAAAUCUUAAAAUCAGGUUCCAGAGCUUCCCAGUGGGAGCGAGGGGCAGGGGUGGGCAGUUAUAGGGUUGCUAGGCAGCAGUGAGGCUCUGUGGGAACAGGGGUGCCCAGGGGGUCGCCUCUCAGAUCCAGGGGCAUUUACCUCCCCAUCUGUUGUUGGCUUCAGCGUCUUGCCGACGCCAGGAAGGCGCCUGACUCCAGUGUCCAGCAGAAUGAACGCAGCACAUGCUCCCCCUACAGCCUAUUGCGGGAGAGUGUGAUGGGCUGACCCCAGUGGGUGGUGUGCUCCUUGAUAGCCCAUGGGGGGCGAUAGCGAUCACUCUCCUCCACCCUUCCCGUGCCCCCCGGGCAGCCCCACAAUAGCUUAGCCCCGAACAAACACACACCAAGCCCUGCCCUGCUACUUUGGGGCUAGAUCAAACCUGCUCCAGCGGGAUGCUUCCUCCGGAGCUCCCAGCGUGAGGAAACAAGGAAGCCGCCGGUGUGUCUCUGACAACUCUGGUGAUUUGUGCCGCUUCCUUUGAACAGGCAGGGGGUUCUUGGAUUUCACCGCUGGAGGAGGGUCAAACUCAAAUCUCGUGGACACUUGUGACUUAAAACACCUCCAUCCUCAUUGCCAAGGUUAGGAUCUUCUGAUUGCGGCCAAGAAACGGGGAGUCUCUUUUCCAAACCUGGCCAGAAACCAGGCCCUCGAACGAAUCCUCGGUAUCUGUUCCCGAGCAAGACUUGGCAGGAUUGCUCGUCCCUUUCCAUUUUGUCUUUCCCUACCCUCUCCUUGCUCUGGUUUUAAAAGAGGCAAAUGCUCCAGUAGGGGCUCCAAAGUUACUAUCUGCCUUGUCCAUGAACCUGCUUGUGGUACUACCCAAUAUGAAAGGGUGCAGGGAGGAAAAAUGUUUUCCUGUGUCAGUUAGAAAGUGCUCAAAGACCAGCUCCCCAAGUGGGAAAGUCAACAGUGUGAUGCUGAUUUCCACCAGCUGAGCAUCCGGGGCCUAUUCUUGCGUCUAGUCCAUUGCAUUUUUGCAUCUAAUCAGUUCCAGCCGCAGACCAAAAUAUAGUUAGGCCGGGCAAGACGUUCCACCCCGUGCCUCAGGGCUCAGAUUGCUCUAGGCUGGGCUUUCAGAUCCAGCGUUUAUUUGCUGCACGAGGAGCUAGCUUUGGGGUGUGGUGGGUUUUUUGUAAACAGAGGGAAAUUGGGGGUGUGAAACUGCAAAGAAUUGUCAUUGUGACUGAUGCUGAGGUCCGGAAAAGAGGAAACUGCUUUGGCAUUGAAUGGAAACUGACCCGAUUCUGAUUUGCCUCUAAUCUAAAGGGAUUAAUCUCAGCUACGCCCAGAGGGGGUGCAUGCUCUUGGGGGAAGAUUUGUGCCAAAGAGGUCAGGAGGGGCAGGUUGCUACCAUCUCAGGCCCAGGCCCUGGAAGGUAUUCAGGUGCUUAGUGCAAUACCAAAAUCAGAGCCAGCGUCUCUGAAGGUCUCCAAGUCUAAAUAAGAGCUAGAUUUUCCCCAGAGCUCAGCACCCGACGUGCUCAGCUCUUGGGAGAAAUUGCAUCUCUUUUAAGUUUGCCUUUGAUGCAUCAAAAAAAAAAAAAGUCUUUAAAGCUCCAAUUUGCUCCAUGGAAGUUGGUUGUCUUUGAGUUUCCGCCAACAGACGAGGCUCCAGGGGCAGGCUGGGUGCUCUGUUCCAUUCCACUCGCAAUCCAUUCUCUGCUUCCCUGGAUUUAAAUGACACAAAGGACUGGCGGGUGGGAGUUUUCGAAUCUGGCUCCAGCCGCGCUUUGCCUGAAAGCUGGUUCUUUUAGGUCCCCAGGGCUGCUUUUCAAUCUAGAUCAACUGGGCUUGGGUGAAAGCUACGAAGCCGUUUCUGGCACAGUCAGCUGGGUGUCUUGGGAGCAAUGGGGGACGGUUUUCCAAGUUACUGAAACACCCUGACACCCACUCCUGUCUCCCCCAAAUCCAUUGGGUUGUAACUGGUGAUGGCUUUAUAUUCUCUGGCACCUGGGACAGGUUUAUCCUGAGAUGUUUCCCGAACCCAGGCUGAGAUCGUCUGUUGGUUUGUGGGUCUCCAGAUGCCAACUUUCCCCCCAGAUCUUGUUCCUUCUCACACACUGGAUUCAUCUUUCCUAAGAGCCUGGUUUGUCUCCUUUGGAAACUUUGCCAAAUUCAUCUUUGAGAGAAAUGGAGGUUGGGUUGGGUUGGAAAACACCCUGUUUCGUAGGAAACACAGCUGCUGUAGAGUCUUUGCUCCACCAAAGUCAAUAGAAUGAGGACAGUUUGCGCUCUGACUGUCAGGCCCGAUCUGGUUUUCUGCUCCCCUCGCUAAGGUUGUUGACACUUGAGAUCGUUAAACCUGAAGGAAUUUUGAAUUGAUCCAGUUUCCAGGAGGUGCUAUUUCUGUUUGGGUCCACAGCUCCUGGGUAAUUUCACUCCUUUGCCUAGUCAGUUUCAGCUGCUGAACUGGCAAACUCCUGGGCAACAAUCCCAAUUUUAAAAAUCAAUCCAAGGAACUGCUGAUUUUUUUUCUUUCAAAAUCUUUGGGGAUCUCAAUAUUUAAAAUCUGAGACAUCCUAGCGCCCUGGGCGCUGGGAAAUCAGAUCUCCGGGUAUUUUGCCGUGGGGGCUAACUUAGCAGUUGGAAAUCUCAGCUGUCAUUGACUGCAGGAGAAUGUGAGCCCUCAGAGCCCCCCCUCCCCUUAGCGAUCUGACUGAUUUUUGAACUGGAUCAACCCCAAAUUCUUUAGUGACGUUGCCAAAAAUUCCAGCGGCGUUUGCUGCUCGAUCGCCCCGCUGUGCUGGGAUACUGUUAUUGUAGGGCCUACUGUGUUUUCCGCUUCCCGGCUUUGUGAUGGGGGCCCUGUCCAAACUCCUGCUCUGCUGCUGAAAUCCAGGUGCCCGUUUGAUCUCUGUAGAUGAGCCGCAGAAGCCAAUGGUGCUGAGUUGUGAAUAUUUUGUUUGGUGUUCAGCCUUUCCUUAUUUCGUGCUGCUCUAUUUAUUUUGCCAACCUUCUGGGCUGUGAAGUUUGUUUACCCGGCCAGGCUGUUUAAACAGGACAAAGGUUCUGAAACAAAGGUGGAACUCCCACUGGGUGGUGCUGAAAUCAGCCACCUGGAGUCUUCUCACAGGCUUUGCUUCUUUCAGGCCUGGUGCUCUCUCAAGAUCCGGGACCCUUUGAAAAAGAAACGCGGCCCUCGCACCAGGAAUUGACCGAGCAACUUCUGGCUAUGGACUCUCUAAAAACUGCAGUGGAUUCUGGGAGGGAGGCUGGGGGAGCAGCCAGAGGAGUGGAUGCAGCCAGUUAACCCUGCCUUGCGUGGCUCGAGGCAUCACUUUCAAGGGGGAUUGGGUGCUGCCCCCGCCAACGGUGGCGAUUUUGGAUUCCUCUGGGAGAAAGACCGAAGAGUUGGAUUCUGCCACUGUUAACGGCCAAGCGCCUGGAGUUCUUCCCCCUUCAGGCUGCCAGCGAUUCGAUCUAUUUCUGCCUCCCAAGCAGCUGAGUUCUCUAACCGACCAAAGGAACCCAAGGAACCAAAUCUAGCUAAAGCCGCGGCGGAGGGCAGCCGGCCGGGGCGUUGGUGUGGUGACAAGGGGACCUGGCCUGGAUCAGGCUAGGUUUAUGGCCUCUGGGUCAGCACAGCUGUUCCAUCCCCUGUAUAUAUCCUCUGUACAGUUGGAGACCCCAGUAUGUUCCUAAACCCCCACGCCCAAAGCUGGGCUUGGCGAAGGGGGUCCCGCUCGGGCAUUGGAGUGAAUGUGCUACAGGAAUGAAAGUGGAAAUAAAUGGAGGAAAAAGUGGA